GAGUGGGCUGUCCUAAACAAACCUGGGCCAUGCUUUAAGUUUGGCUAGAGAUCUGUCAACAAGGGGCCAGUGAAUAACAUCACUGUUUUUGCACCAGACUGGAUCUAUUUGAAUUCAUAUUCUGUGUGUUUACAUAUCUCUAGGGAGUAUGAUCAGAUAAUUACAACAGAUAAGGACUAAUUAGCCGUGUGAUCAGUGAUUGAAAGUUAAUCCUGUUUUUUUUCUCGGACACUGCUUACAAGUGGCUUCAGAGCAAUGGCUAGUUUCGGAAAAUGUGAUGUGCUCUUGCGCCUAUUUGUGGGCCUGCUAUAAAUAGGGCCCUGCUGGCAACACAUGCUCUGCUGUGAUUGACAGAUCUAGUGGUAGUGGGACAGCAGGCUCAAAAGAACAGGCAAAAGGCAUACGAAUGCUCCCCAGUCAGUAUCGAAGUGGAGCUCUUCAUUUUGGUUCUAAAAGUUCAGAGCCAGACCCUUAUUUUAUUCUACAGAAACCCCACUUAGAGAGUUUGGGGGUUUUUUGGACUGUUGAACUUACUUUUUUUGGACAAUGACAUCCAGAAGGCCAAUGACUCGCUCCUUCUCAGCAAAUGGGAGAUUGGGCAGCCAAAAUGGGGAGGAUGUGCCAGCAUCAAGCGGGUGGUCUGACGGUCGCAAUUACCUUUCCAAUGUCAGGCCUGAAAACAGGUAUUCAAACUACAGGCCGUCGAGGAGUACAUUAUGUACCGUCAUGGCCCAGUUGACUGAGGAGACACAGCCAUGUUUUGAGACCACCAUAAAAUCCAAGGCAGUGUCAGAAACCUGCAAUGUCAAAUUUAGUUGUGUGGUCACAGGUUACCCGGCUCCUGAGCUGACCUGGUACAAAGAUGACAUGGAAUUAGAUCGAUACUGUGGUCUUCCCAAAUAUGAAAUAUUUCGCAAUGGAAAAAAUCACACACUCCACAUCUACAAUUGUACAGAGGAAGAUGCAGCUAUUUAUCAGGCCUCAGCGAGGAACAGCAAAGGCAUCGUCUCCUGUUCUGGGGUGCUGGAGGUGGGCACCAUGAGCGAGUACAUGAUCCACCAAAGGUUCUUUGCCAAGCUGAAACAGAAGGCGGAGAAAAAGCGGCGCGAGCUGGAAGAGAGUCGACUCCGGGGAAAGGAGAACAUCCAGAAGGAGCAGCUGAAUGUGAGCAACCAGGAACGCUUAAUGAGGAAGCGUAGGUCCCCUGCUGAAAAUGAACCCUUGAGCGCUUCUGUAACCCACGGAGAGGAGAACGUACCCUCGCAAGAGAUAAACACUGAAGAGCAACCUUCAAUCAUAGAUGAUAAGUCUGAAGAUAUAACAGUCCAAGCUUCUGUAGGAACCACAGAGCUGUCAACGGAGAAUGGUGAUGAGAAACGUAACCAUAUAUGCGAUGCAGAAGAAGUCAUCACCGUACAGCAGUCUGCCAAAGAAAAGCUAGGGGAAAAGAAAAUGAGAAUUGCCAAUGGAUUUAAUGAGCCUGAUAUCAUUCAGAAUGCUGAGAACAUCAGAAAACAAGAUGGUUAUGAAGGAAAGAGUUUAGCGAAAUACUUAGCCGAGUCUGUGCAGUCGCAGUCUGAUGAGCAACAUCAGCCGGAGGAGAUCAUGGAGGUGGACGUCAGUGCUCUUCAAAAGGAACAAGAGAGAGAGUUGGAGAAAAAACGAGAAAGAUUAAAAGAAGAGGAAAGAGAGCGAUCGAAAGAAGUAGAGUCCCGUAAGGAGCGCGAGAGAGAAAGAGAGCGAAUUAAGCAAAUUGAGCAGGAACAAAAAGCAGUGUCCAUGUCCGCAGCCAAGGCAGCACUGAAUAAAGAGCCAGAUCAUCAACACAAGUCAGCAAUAACCUCGGUCUUGCACUCCUUAAAGGACAUAUUCUUUGGCAAAAGUAAGAAGUCUACUGAAACAGCCGAAGCCACACGAAAAACUAGUGGAGCGAGUGUGGAAAAAGAAAUUAGCAUCACUACACAAGAACCAGAGACUAAAACUUUGGUACCCAGUGUGGCCUCUGAGCAGGAUGUACCAAAGCUGGUGAAGGAACCAUCUCACCGUGUCAAUUUAAAACCUCCACAGCAAACACAAGAUCCAGCAACCUCCAAUAAGACCAUAAACUCUAGUUCAUUUAAACAUACUUCUGAAUCCAAUGCACACAAACCUGAAAAUACAUCUCAGAGCCAUGAAAGACAUCUCGAGAGCAUUGAUACUACGCUUUCUUUGAAAAAACAAGAGAUGCCAAGGAAAACUGAGGAGAAAAAAAAUCUAAAGGAAGUCCCCCAGAUUUCCCAUUCGCCAGUGAUCGGGGCUACAGAUGACCUUACCAAACCCAUCAGCUAUGAAGUUCCUGGCUCAUUAAACUUGGCAAAUCCUAUCUGUGAGACUAAAGAGUUGAAAUCUACGUAUCCUGUUGAUGAGGUCAUGCAGGGUGCUGAGGAAAUGCAUAUUUUAGGGGAUCAGGGAGGCACAGCUGCCCCCUUGACAGACCUCAACAUGGCAGACCUGGAAAGCAUGCAGUGUUGUGAGAGCCAGCCAGAGUCUCAGCUUUCACAGCUUGUCGAUUCUGCCCCCCUUACAGUGCACACUGAGUCCCAGUCUGCUGAACCAAUGGCAGAAGAGAGCAAAAAGUGUGACUUAAAAUUAAAUGAGAAAGAGAUUCCCCAUAUUGAUGAAGAACGUGUUGUCGAUUCUGUCCCCCUUACAAUGCACAACGAGUCCCAGUCUGCUGAACCAAUGGCAGAAGAGAGCAAAAAGUGUGACUUAAAAUUAAAUGAAAAAGAAAUUCCCCAUAUUGAAGAAGAACGUGUUGCCGAUUCUGUCCCCCUUACAAUGCACAACGAGUCCCAGUCUGCUGAACCAAUGGCUGAAGAGAGCAAAAAGUGUGACUUAAAAUUAAAUGAGAAAGAGAUUCCCCAUAUUGAAGAAGAACGUGUUGUCGAUUCUGUCCCCCUUACAAUGCACAACGAGUCCCAGUCUGCUGAACCAAUGGCCGAAGAGAGCAAAAAGUGUGACUUAAAAUUUAAUGAGAAAGAGAUUCCCCAUAUGGAAGAAGAACGUGUUGUUAAAGCGCAAGAGGGAAGUGUACUGACAGAAAUAAAUAAAGAGAUUGAUGGUGCAACAGUAGGGAAAUCUUUUACUGCAAAAGAAAAUGAAGUGAAUAUUUCUUCUGUAAUAAACACACCAAUCUCUACUGUAGAUAUAGUGAGUGAUAUAAAAAAUGAUAAGAAGGUUCAAAAUACAGCAUUGCUACAAGAUCAAAAAGGUGAUUCUGUCUCUUUUUCAUCUGAGAGUGCAAUAAAAAUUGAUUUAAAACCUGAUGAAAAGUCUGUAGCAGCACCAGAUCUCACUGAGAAUAAAGAAGUUGGAGUUGAUUCUGCUUCAGCGAAUGACUAUAAUAGAGAGGAAGAUAAGAAAGAUAAAAAUAUGCCAGGUCAGGAUACAAGUGUUGGAGAAAAACAAAAUAAAAGGGAUGAAGAUAAGUUAGACAAAACCAGUGAGAAGGUGAGGAAUGAUACCAGGAAUGAUAAGAAAGUGAAUGUUAGCUCCGAAGAACAGAGAGAUGAUUCCAGCAAACGAAAAAUGGAUAAGGUCAAGAUCAGUAAAAAUGUUGUUUCAGAACCAGCAGCAUCCAUUGUGAUUCCAGAGGUUGAGAUUUCCAAAAAUGUAAGACGGGCUGCGAUUGAGGUCAUGGAAAUUCAACCAAGGCCAUAUCAAGUAAACAGAUCUCCAAAAAUCCUCACUAAAGCGCAAGCCGAGAGACGUUUGGCAGAGAAGGACCAAUCGGCUACCCAACCAAUAAUAAUACUCCCUGAUACGAGGGAAACCGUUAUCAAAAAUGUGGCAAAGAAAAGAGCCACGCCCCUCAUCCCAGAAAUCAAGGUCACACUGCCAGAGAGGGUCAAACGGGAAGAACCUACUCAUAUACCUAGACAUGAUAUUUUGAAAUUGGAGCCUGAGCGAGUCAUGCAACCAAUAACACAGGAGGUUGCACAGAUAUUUCGAGAAAUUGAGAGACCAGCAGAUGAAGCAACAAGGACAUCAAGCGAAUCGGCCCCAAACAAUGCUUUAGUUAUUCCAGAGACUUCAGGCGUGACUAGGCACAUUCUGUCAGCACCUUCAGGGGAGCGAGCACAGGAAGUUAAACCACAUAAUCUAGAUACAAGAGCGAGAAGUGGAGAAACACAAGGAAGUAUCAGCAAUGGGAGGGGCAGAGAGGAUGACAACAGUAUCCCUAUUAUUAACAUAGCAUGUGCUGAUGAUAAUGCAACCACUACUCAACAAGUGCAAACGUUCAGCCAGCCCUCACUUCCUGGCAUAGUAAUCUCAAAAGAUCAACCACAUGCAAUUCCUCCCAUUUCUGUCACAAACACUGAUAACAGUUUAAAAAGGAAAGAAGAUUCAAAGAGUGAAACUGAUCAGGUCACUGUCGCUGCUUCUGAGAAGCCAAAAGAGCAGCUUAGGACUCAACUGAGUCUUGACAUAUCUACAAAAAAUAGUAUUACUAGUCAAGACACUGACAAAAUUCCUUUACCAAAAGAGACAAGAGUAGAACCCGAAGCUGACAGGCUUCAGAGAGACAAAUCUUCAGUUGAGAAACUUGGAGUUCCAACCCCCGUGGGACCUACUCUCCCUCCACUUAGUCCCGCCAGUUUGCGUAGACUUAUGGCAAAGAAUAACCCAAAUUUGGAGAAUCAGGGGUCCGUGUCAGCUGCAUCGGUGGAUGGAAGUGAGAAAAAAGGGGAGGAGAGUGGGGGGAGCACACCCACGUCCACUCUUUCCUGUGAGAGCAGCCCCAAAAUGAAACGACGUGACAGUCUUACCCUAAUCCCUUCUGCCACGCCAGAGGAGCUCGCGUCUGGUGCUCGCCGCAAAAUCUACCUCGCCAAAACCAAGUCUGAGGAUGAAGGAUCUGACACACAGGGUAAGAAAGACAGCUCGUAUAUGUCACCCAGUCAGGCACGUAGGGCAGCUUUCCUGCAACUUCAGAGUGGACAGCAAACACCGCCAGAAAAACGCUCACCAUUGACGGCCCGGCGCAAGGCCACGCUGGAGGUGCCAAAACCAAAAGAGGAGAGCACAGAGGUGGCAGACAGUGCAAAGACAGAGAGCAAACCAGCAGAAAAGGAGAAGCUGGACCCUUUCAAAGCUCCUCAGGUUAUCCGAAAGAUUAGGGGAGAGACCUUCUCAGAUGCCUCGGGCCACUUGAAGCUGUGGUGCCAGUUUUUUAACGUUCUCAGCGACUCCACCAUCAAGUGGUACAGAGAUGAAGAGGAGAUUGUGGAGAUGGAAAGGCGUGCUGGAGAUGAGAGUCCAGUGGCAUUGGCUUUAGUCCAGGUGUCCAGCAGAGACUGUGGAGUGUAUGGCUGCUCAAUCAAGAAUGAAUACGGGACAGACGUCACUGAUUACCUGCUCAGUGCUGACAUACUGGCAGAAUUUUUCUUAAGGGAUGAUUUAGAAGUGGGAGAAGAGAUUGAGAUGACACCAAUGAUGUUCACCAAAGGCCUUGCAGACUCAGGUUACUGGGGCGAGAAACUUUUCGGACGCAUUAUGACAGAGGAGGUCCAAAUUGGAGAGGGAUGUGUACACAAGACCUGCAGGGUUAAGGCCAUCUAUGGUUUGAACCCUGUCUUUGAAUCAGGCAGCACAUGCAUCACUAAAGUAAAAAAUCCAAUUGCAUAUGGGGCGAAGGAAGAGAGCAACCUGGCUGAGAAAAAUCUUGAGAUCACAAAACAGGAAUGUAAAAUCCAGAAUACUGUUCGGGAAUACUGCAAAAUCUUUGCUGCAGAGGCCCGAGUGAUCGAGAACUUUGGUUUCGCAUUAGAAGUGAUCCCCCUUCAUCUAAUGUAUCGGCCAGCCAACACAAUCCCAUACGCUACAGUGGAGGCUGAUUUGAAAGGCGAAUAUUUGAAAUACUGUUUAAUGGACGGCACUGAUAGAUUGAUCACUAGAGGCACCUCUGAGGUGGAGCAGAAGUGCUGCACUUUCCAGCACUGGAUCCAUCAAUGGACCAAUGGAAAUCUCCUUGUUACCCGACUUGAAGGUGUCGAUGCAAAGAUCACAAGUAUCGCAAUUGCUACAAAGUCUAAAGGGUAUCAAGGACUCACAGAUAAGGCAUCUCCAAAGAUAAUGGAGCAGUUCAUUACUCAGCAUCAGUGUAACUACUACUGUGGUUUGCUGGGUCUUAGACCCCUGAAGCCCACAGACUCUUUACAGCAACCUAAAAUAAAGACCUCCAGGAGCCCUCUACUGGCCCGAAGAGGCGGGUCAGGCUCAUCUAGUCCCCAGCUACAGAAGAAAGGAAAUAAUAGCCCGCAGUCCACCAGGAAAGGCAACUCUAGCCCGAAAGUGGCUAAAAAGACAGGUGAAUCAGGGGAGAGCUCACCCGCUGUCAAACACAAAGCAGUAGAGGUCCCAAAACCUGUCAAGAUGAGGUAGAGAGAGGGAGGGAAGCAAGCUAGGGCAUAUUUUUAGUGUGGAGCCUAUACUAUACUAUUAUCGGUAGCUAAUGUUGUACAGAACAAAAGAGAUCCCUUGUGAUUCAGACUGGCUUGAAAAGCUAUGACUGAGAAUUAUGAUCAUAGUCUUUGCACAUAGUGACUAUAAAAUGCAACAGCUGAAGGCUAGAAGAAGGAAAGACUAUAUAUGGAGAGUAAAGAGGUGAAUAGAGGUGUUUGGAAAUUACUGUGAAUAUUCACCACAAAUACCUCUAGAGACCAUCAUUUUACUUUUAAGAGCUGAAUUGAGAUGAUCCCCUUCAAGACCAUCGCUGGGGAAACAACUUAAAACCAGGACUGUGUCUACAGAUGGACGAAUAGAUGAGUGAUUUCAGAAAGACUCUGGAACUUUGUUAUGGUUUAUUUCAAUGCUUCAAUGUCAGAUUUAUAUGACUGAGGAGGAUGGACUCUUUAAGGAUUCCUCAAACAUCCGUGAUGUCUCGGCUGUGCUGAAAUGCUGCUUUUUUAGUAGCUAUCACUGAUACACUUUUAUUUUCUGCUUUUAUGGGUUGGGCUAUACAUUUGCUGUGUGACAGUCCAUGCUUUACAGUCUGUAACACCGGCUUCACCACACUUGGUUAUUUAUACACAGACUAACCUAUGAGCAAUACAGAUUUGUUUUGAAGGAUAAUUGAGCUUUAUGGUCACAGUAAAGUCAUUUACUGACCCCACAGACCUCACGUGUCAUCAAUCUUUAUAAUCCUGCACAUUUACAUAUAGGCUCACAUAUAUUUAAAACUUAUAUAUAUUUGUAAACUUUUAAUGCUUACAGUGUUUACCGAGGAAAAUGACAAAGAAGUCUUUCUUUUUGGUUUUGACGAAAUAUCGCAAAAGUCAAUAAAUGCUGACUGCCUAAACCUUUACCCCAUUUCAACACGAAAUGAUAAUUUUAGUGGCUAUUGC